ACGAUCGCCAACGUGUGGAACGCGUCGCACAGGAAAUGGCACUUGAUGGGGAAGCUUCCAUGCCGCUUCGGUUGCACUGGCCAGCAUGGUAGACUCUUCCAGACUACCUCGAGUGCCCAGUCCGGCGCGAUCGCGUUGAGGCAACUGCAGUAUUCGAGACCGUGCGCGGCGCUGAGCAGGGUUGGUUUGCUCGGACCGGCCAUCGAGAUCGACGAGGUGGUGUUCGACAUUGCUAUGUGCUACUGCGCCUACUCUGGCGCCGCGGACCACCCGCCCAUGGACACGUUUGGCUUCUGCCUCUUCGGCGUCUUCGUUGGCGUCUUCUGCCGUGUCGUCGGCCUCCAGCGAGGCGAGUCGAGAAUCUGUCGGCUGGGGCUUCAG